UUUGCCUUUUCCACGCCUCAUACUAAAGUCGGCGUUAUUUCCUGUUAUGUCUACAAGAAGCAGCACGCUGUAAGGAGUUGAUGUAGUUUUGCUGAUGUAGCCAUGAUGACAGCUCUGACUUUGCGCUUUACUGCUCUUCUGGCUGUCUACACCGUUCUAGGAGCAGCCUCUGAGAGGGAGAAUGGAUUUGUAAAGAUGAAAAAGGGGGACAAUUUAACCAUGGAGUGCAACACAAAGGACAAUAAAAAUGAUCAUUUAUCACUAUAUGCCAGACUCCCAAAAAAGCAUGUAGUGUUGGCCUAUGACGGACAUACUAACAACUUUAGUCUCGGUGAGGAGUACACUGAAAGAGUGAAGAUCAGUGGCACCAUGCACAAACUAACUGUGAGGAUUAGGGACCUGCAGCUGAACGACACUGGACUGUACAUAGGCCUGUAUAGAAAAUUUAAUUUGGAAAAAAAUGUAGAUGAGGAAGAAGAAGGCUGCAGCAUUCUCCUGUUUGUGAAUGAUGUGGAUAAGACCAUACUCUCUGAAAAAUCAACUGGAAAAGGGUCAUCUGGCAUGUCUGAGCCACUGGUGCUGGUCUUUGCCCUGACUGCAUGCACUAUGCUUGUAGUGUGUUUCCUGGUGAUGUGGGUGUUAGCACCCAAGGUGAAGGCCCUGUGUGCGAAUCAGGCAGAUGAUGCUUCAAGGGAAUAUAACCCAGUCUAUGAGGAUAUGCACCGUGUGCGAAAAUAAGAUGAUCUUUUUUCCCCCUUUGUUUAAAAUUUUAAGGGUUGUUAAUAUUGUCUUUACUGAAAUACUCAAGAAUGCUUUUAAGCUUCCCUGCUAUUUUUGCAUUCAAAUUGUCAGAUGGUGUAAUAUGUAUUCAAUUACUGUGGCUUUUUUUUGUUUACUGUCAUAUGUGUAAUAUUGUAACUGAAAUAAAAUAUAAUGUGGUAGUGCAG